ACAUGAACAAGAUCAUAAAUUGCCGCCCAUACCCCUAAAAUAAAGGGAGAAAAAUACCAACAAAUCCGACACCCUUAAAACAAAAUCUAAAACUCAAACACAAAACGCUCCAAUAACUUCCUUUUUCAUAACCCCUCACUUCAUAUCAUUGAUUGUAUCUCAACCUUAACCUCAUUCAUUCAAACUUCAACUUCCUCAUAAACACCACUUUACCUUUUCCUACCAUUCAUUAAUGCUUCUCUUCUCUUUGUUUUUUUUUUACUAUCUUUUUUUGUUCCUUGUGGACCCCACUUUAACCCUUUCACCUUCUUCUUCUACUACUUGUUCUUCUCUCACACUGAAAUAUGAACAAAACAAAUGUUUCUGAAACCAAAAAAACUACCAUGACCCACAUGGAUUUUCUCAAGAAAUUCAAACGCUUUAACCCCUUAGAACCUUCCUUAACAAUCCUUGGAUUCUUCUUCGUUUCAAUUCUCUUCAUUACUUGCUUCUUCUAUGUUGAUUACAAGGGUAUACUUCACUCUAGAGGAACCAAACUUUUUUCAUUCCAUUUUUCUUCUACUUCACCUUCUUCUCCUCCUCCUAUUCAAUUUUUGACUCAAAAAGGUGAUAACUGUGAUGUUUUUGAUGGAAACUGGGUUUGGGAUGAAACUUAUCCACUUUAUCAUUCUUCAAAUUGUUCAUUCUUGGAUCAAGGCUUUCGUUGCUCUGAGAAUGGUAGACCUGAUGCUUUCUACACUAAGUGGAGAUGGCAACCCAAAGAUUGCAACUUGCCAAGAUUUGAUGCAAGGAAGAUGUUGGAAAAUAUACGAAACAAACGAUUAGUUUUUGUUGGUGAUUCGAUUGGAAGGAACCAAUGGGAAUCACUUCUCUGUAUGCUAUCUUCUGCCGUUACAAACAAGAGUUCUGUCUAUGAGGUUAAUGGGAACCCAAUUACAAAGCACACAGGCUUCUUGGCAUUCAAGUUUGAAGAUUUCAACUGCACUGUUGAAUACUACAGGUCUCCAUUUUUAGUAGUGCAGGGACGGCCUCCUCAUGGGGCACCUUACCGGGUAAAAUUGACUUUGAGGGUUGAUCAUAUGGACUGGACUUCUCAUAGGUGGAGAGAUGCAGAUGUGUUGGUUCUCAAUGCUGGGCAUUGGUGGAAUUACGAGAAGACCGUCAAAAUGGGUUGUUACUUUCAAAUAGGGGAGCAAGUGAAGAUGAAUAUGUCUACAGAAGAUGCUUUCAGAUUAUCAGUUGAGACAGUAGUUGAUUGGAUUGCCCGUGAAGUAAACAGGAACAAAACAUAUGUCCUUUUCAGAACUUAUGCUCCUGUCCAUUUCAGGGGUGGUGACUGGAAUACUGGUGGUGGUUGUCAUUCGGAAACACUACCUGAUUUAGGCUCCGUGCCUGCAAUCUCCGACAUUCAUUUCAGUACCGUCACCAAUGUCUUGUCACAACGCGCGAGUAAAUCACAUGUUUUGAAUUUGGACUUACUUAACAUUACACAAAUGUCGGCACGCAGGAAAGACGGCCAUGCAUCUAUUUACUAUAUCGGGCCAGACAAGGGCCCAGCCUCUAUGCAGCGGCAAGACUGUAGCCAUUGGUGUCUCCCUGGUGUUCCCGAUUCGUGGAAUGAGAUUCUUUAUGCUCUUCUUCUCAAGAGGAAGGCUUUUUCGGACCGCAAUACAACAAAAGUUUCUCAAGUUAUUCUAUAAAUAGUCUUAUACAGUUUGCGGAAAAAGCACAUAUUACAAAAUCUUUACCAACCCUUCUCAAUCAUUGGUGAAUGACAUGAAGUUGGAAGCUAAAUUUGCCAUCUUUGUGGUCAGAUUCACUAAUUGGUGAAUCUAACUAUUUGUUAGUAAUUGCCUUGUGUUACAAAGCAAAGAAAUUAACAUGUUUGGUUUAAGAAAGAUGUCUUCUGUUUCUAUUUUUAUUAAUUUUACCAAUAGGCAUGUACAUAUCAUUUUAAUUUGACCUUAUUUCUUAUUUUUGGAUAUUUGUACAUCAUAAAAUAUACAAAAUAUUUAUUUUUGGUCGUACAAAUCCUUGAAAAUUUGAAAUAAUGUGAAAAUAAGAUGAUAUGUUUAUAAUUAUUGGUUAAAAUUGAAAAUACAAACAGAAGAUGUUUUCUUAAAUGGAACAUGCAUGUUGACCUAAUUUCAUGCAAAGUGAUUGUUUUGACCCUCUUUGUAGUGGUCUGCCAUUUUAGAUUAAUGUUGGGAUGGUGAAUUUGAGGGAUAGCAGAUAGCUUAUAGGAAAAUAAGAAUCACCUAGAUACAAACUUGAUGUAUACAACAUAUUUUUUUUGGUAAAAUCUUAGGUGACAUUUGGUCUUGAAAAUAUUAGUGGAAGAUGUGUCAAGUUUUUUAUGUUACAUUCUGUACAAAGUAUAUACAAAACAUAUUUUGUGUUGGAACUUGCUUUCAUUUAACAGACUAGUAAUUCCUACGUGUA